UUGGCGAGUUUGGCGGGUGUUCAGUUGUACAGGUCUUGACAGUACCAGAGUUGACGGUUUGUGCAGGGAGGCAGCCUGACUUAUUCUGCCUCCUGCUGCCAGCUCGUAUGACACCAUUCGAAAGCAGACUAAUUUUAAGUUAGCUUUACAUCCAAACUGACAAAAGUAACACCGUGACAUUAACUGCUGGCUAGUUUUUACAUGCUCCUAUGGACACUGUUCAGAAAGCGAUGUCUGGAUUCUCUCUGGACCUUGGACCGUUGAAGGAACCUCUGGGAUUUAUUCGUGUCCUAGAAUGGGUCUUUGCAGUCUUUGCUUUUGCCACCACUGGAGGUUACUCGGGGACAACUCACUUCACAGUCAGUUGCCAAGGCAAAGACCUCAUUGCAAGGGCUUUUUUUGGCUACCCAUUCAGGUUGGCAGCACACCCGUAUAGUAUACCGUUAUGUAACGAGUCUUCAUCCAAUAACACCUACCUGCAGGGUGACUUCUCCUCUUCAGCAGAGUUCUUUGUGUGUGUUGGUGUGUUUGCGUUCCUUUAUUGCACCGCCACACUCAUACUCUACCUGGGCUACCAGACUGUCUACCAUCAGACCACCCGUGGUCCCAUCAUAGACCUGCUGCUGACUGCUGCCUUUGCCUUCCUGUGGCUCGUGUCCUCCUCAGCCUGGGGCAAAGGCCUAACUGAUGUUAAAUAUGCCACUGACCCCUACCACCUAGUGGAGUGGUGCGAUUACUGUAAACCAGGAGAUUCUCCUUCAAUGGGCCGCCUCAACGCCUCUGUGAUUUUUGGCUUUUUGAACAUGAUCCUGUGGGCAGGUAACUGCUGGUUCAUUUACAAGGAGACUUCCUUCCACAAGGAUCCUGCCCCACCAGCCACUAUGGAGGAAGGUGGAGCUCCAGGGCCCUAAUCAUAUCAUUGAAGGCUUUCCAGCAUAGCCAUAUACCUACAGAGAAAUGCUUUAUGUCCCACACUGAUCUACAGAAAUACAAACAAAAGGAGGCAAAUUGACCCACCCCCACCUCCAAUGUGUAAACCUCAAAUUCUUUGUAUGUGGUGUUGAAGGCAGCAAGCCUGCAGUGCAUUUGUUAUCCUUUUGGGGAACCACCAGUAAUGAAAUUGUGAUGUAAGACACCCGAAUCUCAUUUUGUCUGUGGGUGAGAGAAAAGGCAAAGCAAGACAGGCCUCCCAUCCAAUAAAAAACAGCAUUGGCUUAAGAAACAUCCAGAAGCACACAUUUAGGUGGAAGCAACAUUCUUUAUGAGGAGAAAUCCAACAGGAUCCCACUCUUCUUCUGCCUAAACAUGUCUGUCACUUAGUUUUUAUUAGGUGAGCCAUGGCCAAAAAGUCAAAAUAUGUGAAAGGUUCAUUUCUUCCAGUUAUGGAAGAAACUGAUAGCAGAACAAGGAGAUUCCCCCAUUUCUGCACCCUGCAUCUGAGGCACCUGACCACCUGAUAACACAUUGAAGCUGCAGUCUCAACACGCAUUGAUAAUUCUGCUUUAUUAUUUAAAAGAGACACUAAGUAAAAAAAAUAACACUACAGUCUGCUGCAUUUAUCUGUACUUGAAAAGGGUAAGCAAGCUAUUAUUUUGAAAGUUUCUUCAUGUUGUGAAGGUAUUUUUAUUUUCAGUCAGUAUCUGGAACAAUAGAAGCUCUCUCCAGGUUUACUCCAGAAGCGUGAGGAACUAAACUGUGUUUAGUUCCCGUUUGAUCGCAGUGUUACAUAGACUGCUCUAUAACACUAAGACUCACCUUUGUUUGAACUAUCUUUUGUGAAAGGUAAUCUGCAGUAACAUUAUUUAUAUAUAAUUCCCGUGUAUUUUUGUCUACAUCAACUGGUCCAUUGCAUAUUUUUCUUGUUUAUUUUUACCCCAAAGUUUCAUUGCACAGCUUUUGUUUGUUUUCCUUUCUCUCUGUGUGUGUGUGUGUGUGUGUGUGUGUGUGUGUGUGUGUGUGUGUGUGUGUGUGUGUGUGUGUGUGUGGGUGUGUGUGUAGGUGUAGGUGUAGUUGUAAAACCAAUUUUCAGUUAAACUGUUUUUACUGAGUUACUUUAGGCUUAAUCUUGUUAGGACAAAUAGUUGCAAUCAACAGAAAAGACUAAAUGUGGUUGUCAGUCUGCGUCAGCCUAUGGUUUUACUCAACAUGCCAACAGCCUGUGUCAUACAUUAUAAACACCUACAGUUGUUUUAAGUCACUGAAACUGACAUGUUGACUAUGUGCAUUGUGCUAAAUUGAAUCUAAUGAUCUCUAUGAAGAACCUUAUAGAUUUCUGUCCUGUUGCUUCUGCAGGGGAUAUAUGUUUGAGUCACUAUAAGUAGAGUAAUAUAUAUUGAACAAAUCAUGCUGAAAUUAUACACAAAUUUAGCAAGAUCUUUUUUUACGAGAUUAAUUUGAGGACAGGGUUUAUGGAAUGCACUGUUGACACUGAACUUUGUGUUUUAUGCUUUGUGCAAAAAGAAAAAUGCUUAUCUGUACUGACAUUUGUAAAACAUGAGAGCUGCAACUUCUGUGUUUUGUGGUGAUGGGAAGUUAUUAAUUGAUUGAAGACAUUAAAGUGGAAAAAAUAAUA